GGUAGUUUGCUGGGGAAGGCGGAAGUGCAGUGGCAGUGCUAGAUUAUAGUCAUGGGUCGGUGAUCGGUUGGGGAUUUGUCCGGGACCAGAACACAGGGUCUGGUUGACCACACCGAUGCCCUAUGAAUCCCUACACACUACUGGAAUGUAAAGAAUCUAUGAGCCCCUUGCGCAUCAGUGUGGGUGGCCUUCCUGUUCUGGCCUCCAUGACAAAGACUGCAGACCCCCGAUUCCGGCCACGCUGGCGUGCCAUCUUGCUCUUUGGGGUGGUCCUGGUGCUGCUCCUAUUGCUGCUAUGCUUCCACCGGUCUUCAUAUGCCCGCACUGCAGUUCCCAACGCCCACAACUGGUUGGUCCAGCCUCUUGCGGGAGAUCUGUAUAAUGACACCUACCCGCUUACCCCUCCCCAUAGGACGCUAGACGGACUGCGCUACCAAAUCGCCAUCAUCGCCGACCUGGACACUGAGUCUCGCAGCACCAAAGACCACACCUGGUUCAGCUACCUGAAGAAAGGCCACUUGACCCUGUUCAAUAGCGGAGACCGGGUUGUGGUGGAAUGGGACAAGGAGGACACUGUUCUAGAGACUCACUUGGCGGAGAAGGGACGUGGGAUGGAGCUCUCCGAGUUAAUAGUCUUCAAUGGAAAGUUGUAUUCUGUGGACGAUCGCACCGGGGUGGUCUACCGGCUGGAAGGCAGCAAGGCCGUGCCAUGGGUUAUACUCACCGAUGGUGAUGGCACAGUGGAUAAAGGUUUUAAAGCGGAGUGGUUGGCAGUAAAGGAUGAACUUCUGUAUGUCGGCGGGCUGGGGAAGGAGUGGACCACAACGACGGGGAAGGUGCUAAAUGAAAACCCUGAGUGGGUUAAAGUGGUUGGACCCCGUGGGGAUGUUCAGCACCAUAGCUGGGUAUUAAAUUGAGCUUCAUGUGAACUAUGUUCUUUUCCCCCCCCUGCAGGUUACUUGAUCCAUGAGUCCGCUGCGUGGAGCGACUCUCUGCACAGCUGGUUCUUCCUGCCCCGUCGGGCCAGCAAAGAACGGUACAGCGAGAAGGAAGACGAGCAGCGCGGAGCCAACAUCCUGCUACGGUCCUCGGCCGACUUCUCGGACAUUUCCCUUUCCCACGUGGGCACCCAGAUCCCCACCCACGGCUUCUCCUCCUUUAAGUUUAUCCCGGGCACAGAUGACCAGAUCAUCGUGGCGCUCAAGUCGGAGGAAAAUAACGGCCAGGCGGCCACCUACAUCACCGUCUUCAUCCUGGAUGGCCGAGUCCUCCUUCCAGAGACGAAGAUUGGGGACGUUAAAUAUGAAGGAAUCGAGUUUAUCUGAUAAGGGCACACUCCAGCCAAACUUGAAAAGCUAGCAUGGACUGACGGACAGAAAACACAGCCAACUUUCCCAGGGUUAUUCUUUUUGUUUUUUGGUUUUUUUUU